AUGACUCCAGACAUCGACGAGUCUGUCAGGUGUACAGUGUCCGGCUGCAGCUGUGUGUGUUUCAAACCUGGAGGUACCAAACUCAGGUCAUGUGAUCGCUGUGGACAUGGCUGGGUGGCACAUGCCUUGGAGAAGCUCCAGGCCCAGCCUUCUUCCAGCUGUGGCCCAGUGGAGGUGGCCCUUCCCGGGCUGGUGUUCGACCUGAGCUCCCUGGUUCUGUACGGAGCCCAGGCCAUUCCUGUUCGGCUGAAGAUACUGUUGGACCGUCUCUACAGCAUCCUGACCCCAGAGCAGGUCAGCCACAUACUGCACACGCUGGGCUGGAAUUUGGGAGAUUAUGUUCGAGGGUACAUGCUGCAGUCUCCCAGUGGGAAGGUGUUGGAUCGCUGGAUGAUGGUGACUCCUGAAGAAGAGCUGCUCAUCCUCAAACAGUUCCUUCGUUUUGGCGAGACCCGCCCCAUCGUUGAGUUGAUGACACUUCAGUGCCUUGCAGCUGUCAAUCACCUCUCUGAUCCAGAACUAAAGCCCGCCCUGAAGAGCCGCCACUCAAACAUCAGCACAUUCUUCGAGCAUAACAGAGGAACACUGGGGACGUUCAGGAAGUCGAGAGGAGAUUCACGCUUGGUGGCCGGCGUCUGUCGUUUUGAGAAAAGCAGUCUGUCUAACCACGACGACGCUGUACACCCUUUUGAAAACUUUCCGGGUGGACUGUCUUUACUUCUGCCUUUCCAUUUUCCAAGCUCCACCUUCCAGUGUUUGGUUCCCCCCACCAAGGAUCUUGUUCCUCCCACAAAGUUAACACAAUGCCUACAGAAACCCAGUGGGACCAAACUGGCUGAGAGAUACAGGCAGGAUGGAGGAAGAGGUGCGCAAGAGAACGAUCCAGUUUUGCAGCAAUCCAAAGGAGAACUGGCUUUAAAAAUCAAAACGGACCCAGACAAGCCAAACCCACGCCGGUCGCUAUGGCAUCCGAACCCUUGCGUCCACAGCAGUCAAGGGUUUGAUCUCCACAGGGUCCUGGCCAAACAGGAGAACACCACCUCAGUCUCUCCCCCUUUGAACAACUCAUUUAUCCCCACGUCUUCCUCACCCCAUCCAUCUAUUUCCUCCACUUCCUCCGCCUCUCCUCCAAAGAUUUACCAGAAGUUGCAAGUCUCAUCUCCCACCUCUUUUCAUCCUCUACCAUCCUUCUCAUCCUCCUUCCUCUGUCCUCUUCCUACCUCCUCCUUUUCAUCCACUCUCCAUGGUCUUCCACCCUCGGCCUCCUCCCUUCAUCCUCUCCCGUCUUCCUCUUGCUCCCUCCCUUCUACUUCAACUGCUGGAGGUCGGAAGGGGAGGGUCUGCUGUGGCGUUUGUGGGAAAAGCUUCUAUGACAAAGGAACACUGAAGAUCCACUACAACGCUGUCCACUUGAAGAUCAAACAUCGCUGCACGGUGGCAGGCUGCACCAUGGUCUUCAGCUCGCUGCGAAGCCGAAACCGUCACAGCGCCAACCCAAACCCACGGCUACACACCGGCGCCAGCAGAGACGCACAUACCCACAGAAACACACACUCUGAGCCGCGUACAAAAGAAAAAGAGAUCAGCAACACACUUUGGAAACGGGAUGAUGAUGCAAACACACUGGUCUUUAGAAAUGGGUUGAACGGUCAUGCAACUCCCCAACAUGGCAGCCAGCACAACACACCCCCUCAAGCUGACUCCCCUCCUCCUUCUCCUCACCCUCUACCCCCAGACACCAACCAGAACUCCCAGGUGCUGCCUCCUCCUCCUCCUCCUCCUCCCCUCCUCCCAGCUCACAGUGCUUCCUCAGUGGGCUCACCUCCCUCCCUCGUACCCCUGGUCCUUCCUGUAGUGGAGAAAACCGUACGUUGUCGACACCUAAACACUAACCACGCUGCACCUACUUCGCUCCCUGACCACAACUCAGUCGCCAUAGCAAGGAGCGACAGUCAAUAUGGCUGCAUCGAGGGAAAACGAGGAGAGCCGACCAAUCAGCAGCGGCAGUGGGAGUCAGGUGACCCCAUACCAAAGAAGAAGCCCAGAAAGUCUAGCAUGCCAGUGAAAAUAGAAAGAGAAAAGCUGGAGGGCAGGAGAAACAAGGAAGAGGAGUGUUGAACGUCUGAAGUUGUUUCAAGUUGUUAAAGCUUCAGAAUAAAACUCAUCACUGGGAACUUGUUGGGAACUUCUGGGCAGCAAAUAAACCAUCAAACUGUAGAGUCAGAGGACGUAAAGAGUCAGAGGACGUAAGAUGGCAGCUCGACAAGCUUUGGCCUAAAAUGGCCACUGUUCUGUACAGC